AUGCUGAGCAUCGCUCUUCUUGCCCUUCUCUGCGCCUCGGCCUCGGCCAACGCCAUCCAGGCCAGGACCUCCUCCUACAACGGUGAGUACGGUGGCGGCGGCGGAGAGCGAUUCUCUCACUCCGGAAACCAGCUCGACGGCCCCAUCACUGCCAUCCGUGUCCGUGUCAACAAGUACUACAUUGUGGGGAUCCAGAUCCGCUAUGGCAAGGUGUGGAGCGAGUACGUGGGCGGCAAGCAGGGUGACCUGGAGGAGAUCUUCCUGCACCCCGGCGAGUCCGUGAUCCAGGUGUCCGGCAAGUACAAGUACUACCUGAGGAAGCUGGUCUUCGUGACCGACAAGGGCCGCUACCUGCCCUUCGGAAAGGACACCGGCACCAGCUUCAACGCUGUCCCUCUGCACCCCAACACCGUGCUGCGCUUCAUCAGCGGCCGCUCUGGCUCCCUCAUCAAUGCCAUCGGCCUGCACUGGGACGUGUACCCCAGCGACUGCAGCAGCUGCUGAGCUGCCCUUCCCGCCACUGCCCAUGCGCCUGGCUCAAUAAAAGGACGU